AUGAACCACCAUCUCCCUGCGAUGCCCCACGGGCAGCCAUCCAUGCCUCCUUCCCGACGCCAACAGGAUUUCAGCUACAAUCCAAUCCCUCCCAACAUGCGCUCUCCUCAAUACAUGGGGUAUCCACCCAUGAAUGGCCACAUGCCUCCAAUUUAUUCACCCCAGCAAUACCCUCACUGGUACCCGCCCUAUGGACAUAUGCAACCACCUCAACGGGCGUACCACCCGCAGUAUGGACCGAUGAUUGUAUCUUCCUACCCUCACUCGCAACCUGUUAUGGCACCGACGCAUCUCCCGCACCAUCCGAUGCAUAUGCAACAAAGAACUCCAACUCCUCAUCAGCAGCCGAUCAUGACUCCGCCCAUCCUGCAUCCAUCGAUGCCGCCCAUGCAACCCGACCUGCAGGAAAAUUCCGUUGCUCUAUCUCACUCGACUCCGCCACCGCGAUGGGAGGAAAAGACAAACUUACCACCGAAACCUGCUUUCACCCCACCUGUAUGUUUUGGCUCCUUGAUUUAUCCCAUGUACGCUGUCCUGGACGGUUUUCUGACCAAUCAAAAGCUCCCUUGGCUCUCCGUUCCAGAACAAUCCUUCCCGGCCAGAAUCCCACGCAAGCGUCGCAAGGGCCGUGUGAUGCAGUCGUCGGUCGAGCUGCCUUCCAAGGACCCACCCCAGACCAUGGAAGAAACCCCCAAUGAGAAACCUAAACCUUCAAAUGAGUCUAUUCAAGAGGAGUCCGAACCUCAAACCCCGACUACAUUCCAACAGUCGGAUACCGACUCCACUCAACCCACUACUCCUUCAUCAGUAGCAAGAUCACAGGCACACUCGAAAACAUCAAAGCAAGCACCUACUCCUGUCUUCCCAGCGGUGCCAAACGUCGCAGCCACUCCUCGCAAACACGCCAGAGAUAGCAGCAGCGUCGCAUCCGGAACGCCUAAGUCGACAGCAGCUGCAACCCCUGCCCAAGCAGUGGAACCGGAUACUGCUGUUCACGCUGAAGUUAAGCCAAGCUCGCCUAUCACUACUGUACCCAAGUCUUGGGCAGAUCUUGUUCGUUCAAAGGCAUCGGCAAAGGCAGCGAGCGCUGCCGCAGCUUCGGCCGAAUCAACUGGAAUGCCUGCACAGAAGAAUGAAAACCUCGCUGAUGUUCUGAGUGGCCUCGGAGAAGAUGUCACCCAAUACAGUGACAAGAUCGCAUUCCUUGAACCUCGCGGCCUUGUCAACACCGGAAACAUGUGCUACAUGAACUCUGUUUUGCAGAUUCUUGUUUCCUGUACCCCAUUCUAUCAGUUCCUUGACCACCUCGGCCGACGUGCCGCGCACAGUUUCCACAGUGAUCUUCCUUUGAUCGAUGCAAUGAUUAUGUUUAUGAAAGAAUUCCGUGUUAUUGAUGCCGCCACUUCUGAAGAUCAACUUCGUCUCAGAUUGAAAGCCAACGAGUUGGAGCAAUACGGCGACGCUUUUGCACCUGAAUUUGUUUACGACAUGGUUCGCCAGCUGCCACGCUUCCGGGACAUGCGACGCGGACACCAGCAGGAUGCUCAGGAGUUCUUGGGUUUCCUUCUCGAAGAGAUGCACGAGGAGUGCGCUCGUGCUGAGGAACACACCUCGAAGAAGCAGGCGGGCGACGAUUCUGUCGUCGAUGGAUGGUUGGAAGUUGGUCACAAGCAGAAAGCAGCGGUCACUCAGCUGUCUGGUGCCAUGUCCAGCGAGUCGCCAGUGACUAGAAUCUUUGGUGGCAAGCUUCGCUCAGAAUUCAAAGUGCCUGGUAACAAGACUUCGGUCACGUUGGAGCCUUAUCAGCCUUUGCAGCUCGACAUUGGGUCGCAUGAUGUCCACAACAUUCUUGAUGCGCUCAAAGGAUUGACCAAGCCGGAAAGCAUCCAGGGUGAUUUCAAUUCGUCGCGUGGUUCUAACGUGACUGCUACCAAGCAAAUCUUCAUCGAAACACUUCCUCCUGUCCUGAUUCUCCACCUGAAGCGUUUCCACUACGACAGUCACACUGGAGCUACCCAGAAGAUUUGGAAGAAAGUUGGAUACCCCCUUGAGUUGGAUCUCCCACGGGAAGUCUUCCCUCUUCAUCAACGCAACGCUUUUGCGACCAACGGAGGCCCACCCAAGUACCGCCUCAUGGGUGUUAUCUAUCACCACGGAAAGAAUGCCAGCGGUGGUCACUACACGGUCGACGUUCGCCGCCAAGAAGGUCUGGAAUGGAUCCGCAUGGAUGACACCGUUAUCCGUCGCGUUCGCAGCGAGGACGUGGCUGAAGCUGGUGGUGAAGAAGACCCCAAGAUUCUUGCUGCCGCUCUCGAGCAACAAAAGAACAGCAAGACGCCCAAUGGAAACAUCUUCGAUCACAUCGACCAGGAUGAUAUGGAUUCGGCUGAUAACGACAAGGGCUGGAGCCAGGUCAACGGCAAUGGUGUCAAUGGACACGCCAGCAAGAAAUCCGUGAACGUGAAUGGUGCUACAUCCUCUCCGGCCGCUUCAUCUGGAGUGCGGACUCCACUUGGCCGUUACGGAUCUCGCGACAAUAAGGUCGCCUACCUUCUGUUUUACCAGCGCAUGGAUUGA